AGCUCUAGGCUAGAGAAUUCUACAUAAUAGGCCAAAUGGCCUCCUCUGGAAUUGGGAUCUUCUUAAUCAUCCUGGCAUUAGCGACAUCAGCAUCGUCCAUCAAGUGCAAGACCUACACCUUCCAAGGCCAGUCCCUGUUUACGGACACGGGGAUCAACCAAAACGAGUUCUACGUUCUUCCCAAAGACAACGCUGGUAGACCCGGAUCAAUGCAGACAUUCGCAGCCCCAUUCUUGGUCUCCACCAAGGGCUAUACCAGGUUAUGCAUGGACACAUACAUGGGAAUCCUCGCAAACACCGGCCUGGGGAGCUUCCAGUCCUCGCAUUGCUCCUUUGCUGAUGGUAGCAGCCUCGAGUUUCAAGACGAGGCCGGGAGCUCGACCGCUGGAUCUCAAGCUCUUUUCGCCAUCGUUGGUGGCACCGGAAGAUUUGAAGGAGCCACGGGCACAGCGAAAGAAACGAGCAAAGGAAACAAUCUCUAUGUCGUGGAAUUCACCGCAAAGGUCUGCAAGUCUUGAUCAUAACUCAAUCUGGUUUGAUCAAGACUUAAAGGCAGUUCCCUUUAGGUCACGCUAAUAAUCGUUGUUUAAUCUCGCCAUGACUGUGUGGAGAGC